CUCCUGUACAUCAUCAUAUCUUCUCUCUCCAUUUUUCAAAAGUUCAAACAUUUGAAUCUCCGGCCUUUCUCUGGAACACUCGAUCUCGUCUCGUCUCGUCUCAUUUUCAUAUCAAAAUCUAGGGUUUCUCUCUCUCUUCAAUUACCAAUUUCGGGUUUUACUUUCAUAGUCGUGCUUGUUCGAUCUGGUUUCGGUUUCGAUCUAGUCUUGCAUCGUGGUUCUCUAUCUCUCUUAAUCUGAGCUGUUGAUUUUGAGAAUCAAUGGAGGCGAUCGAAGAAUUGGCACAACUUUCCGAUUCGAUGCGGCAAGCAUCAGCGUUGCUUGCCGACGAAGAUAUUGACGAGAAUUCAUCGUCGUCGUCUUCGAAGCGGCCUUCAACGUUUCUCAAUGUCGUUGCUCUCGGCCAUACCGGUGCGGGUAAAUCAGCUGUGUUGAACAGUCUAAUUGGACAUCCUGCUUUGCCAACUGGCGAAGGUGGUGCCACUCGUGCUCCUAUAUGCAUUGAUCUCAAAAGGGAUGCUUCUUUAAGCAGCAAAUCAAUUAUUUUGCAAAUUGACAGCAAAUCACAACAGGUUUCUGCAAGUGCUCUUCGGCAUUCUUUACAGGAUAGGCUAAGCAAAAUUUCGGGCAAGAGUCGUGAUGAAAUUUAUUUGAAGCUCCGGACAAGUACAGGUCCUCCUGUGAAAUUGAUUGAUCUUCCUGGAGUAGAUAAAGGAAAUCUUGAUGAUUCAUUGAGCGAAUAUGUUGAACACAAUGAUGCGAUAUUGCUAGUUGUGAUACCUGCUGCCCUGGCACCAGAAAUUUCCUCAUAUAAAGGCCUCAGAAUUGCGAAGGAAUAUGAUGGAGAAUGUACUAGAACCCUUGGUGUUAUUAGUAAAAUAGACCAAGCAGCUUCAGAUCCAAAAAUUCUUGCAGCUGUUCAGGCUCUUCUGUUGAAUCAAGGACCACGAAGUACAUCUGAUAUCCCAUGGGUUGCUUUGAUUGGGCAAUCUGUGUCUAUAGCUUCUGCCCAGUCUGGAAAUGUUGGAUCUGAUAACUCUCUAGAAACUGCUUGGAGAGCUGAGACUGAAAGUCUAAAAUCCAUAUUACCAGGAGCCCCUCAAAACAAGCUAGGUAGAUUAGCUCUGGUAGAGACCCUUGCUCAUCAGAUUCGCAACCGCAUGAAAAUCAGGCUUCCAAAUCUCCUCUCAGGGCUUCAGGGGAAGUCUCAAGUAGUACAAGAUGAAUUAGUAAGACUUGGUGAAUCAAUGGUUAAUAGUGCUGAAGGUACAAGAGCUCUGGCUUUGGAGCUUUGCCGUGAAUUUGAGGACAGAUUUCUCCAACAUAUUACAAGUGGUGAGGGUGGUGGUUGGAAAGUUGUUGCGAGUUUUGAGGGAAACUUCCCUAACAGGAUCAAGCAGCUGCCAUUAGACAGACAUUUUGACAUGAACAAUGUCAAGAGGAUAGUGCUAGAAGCAGAUGGGUAUCAACCUUAUCUUAUAUCUCCAGAGAAAGGCUUACGGUCUUUAAUAAAGGGUGUUUUAGAGCUGGCAAAAGAACCUUCCCGUCUAUGUGUUGAUGAGGUGCACCGUGUACUUGUUGAUAUAGUUUCAGCUGCUGCCAAUGCUACUCCAGGGCUUGGAAGAUAUCCUCCUUUUAAGAGAGAGGUUGUGGCAAUUGCGACCACUGCACUUGAUGGAUUUAAGAAUGAAGCAAAGAGCAUGGUUGUUGCACUUGUUGAUAUGGAGCGUGCAUUUGUUCCCCCUCAACACUUCAUUCGUUUGGUGCAGAGGCGGAUGGAUAGGCAACGGCGUGAAGAAGAGCUUAAAAACCGACCUUCUAAAAGGCCACUUGAUGCAGAACAGCCCGUGUCAAAUAGGGCAACCAGUCCUCAAACUGGAGGCCAACAAGCUGGGGGAAACUUGAAGUCUAUGAAGGAUAAAUCCAGUCAGCAAGACAAGGAUGUACAAGAAGGACCAGCCUUGAAGACUGCCGGGCCUGAGGGGGAGAUAACAGCAGGAUUCUUAUUGAAGAAAAGUGCAAAAACUAAUGGGUGGAGCAGGCGAUGGUUUGUUUUGAAUGAGAAAACUGGAAAGCUUGGAUACACCAAAAAACAAGAAGAGCGACAUUUCCGUGGUGUCAUCACUUUGGAGGAAUGUAAUAUUGAUGAAGUUUCUGAUGAAGAAGAACCACCAUCAAAAAGUUCCAAGGAUAAAAAGGCAAAUGGGCCUGAUACGGCAAAAACACCCACUCUCAUAUUCAAAAUAACAAGCAGGGUUCCAUAUAAGACAGUUCUUAAAGCUCACAGUGCUGUUGUGUUGAAGGCUGAGAGCACAGCAGAUAAGGCUGAAUGGUUGAACAAGUUGAGGACUGUUAUUGGUUCUAAAGGAGGUCAAAUAAAGGGUGAAUCUGGUCCUCCCAUGCGGCAGAGUCUAUCCGAUGGUUCUCUUGACACAAUGGCAAGAAGACCUGCUGAUCCUGAAGAAGAAUUACGAUGGAUGUCACAAGAAGUACGAGGUUACGUUGAAGCUGUCCUGAAUAGUCUUGCUGCCAAUGUCCCAAAAGCAGUUGUUCUUUGCCAAGUGGAGAAAGCUAAAGAAGACAUGCUUAAUAAGUUGUAUAGUUCUGUCAGUGCCCAAAGUACAGCAAGGAUCGAGGAGCUGCUUCAGGAGGACCAGAAUGUAAAGCGCAGGAGAGAGCGUUAUGAAAAACAAUCCUCUCUUCUUUCAAAGCUUACGAGGCAACUCAGUAUUCAUGAUAAUCGAGCAGCAGCAGCCUCGAGCUUGUCGAAUGGUAGUGGAGCAGAAAGCAGUCCGAGAUCCAGUGGACCCUCAUCAGGCGAUGAUUGGAGGUCUGCAUUUGAUGCUGCUGCCAAUGGUCCCAUGGACUCAUACAGCGAUUCAUCGAGGUUUGGGUCCAAUGGUCACAGUCGUCGGUACAGUGACCCUGCCCAAAAUGGUGAUGUAAGCUCAGGCUCAAAAUCCGGUGGCCGCCGCACCACCCCUAACCGCUUGCCACCUGCACCGCCUCCGUCUGGUUCCGGUUAUAGAUUUUAGGUUAGACUGAAAAAACUAAUGCAUUCUUGUUGGGUGGGGUGGUUGUUUGCUCCUGCUCCUGAUAUAUCGAGCUAUUGCUAAGCUCUAGUUAUGUUAUAGUAGCGUUGUAUAAUUGGUGUACGUGUCUUUGUAGAUAAAGUAAUAUGCAAUUGAGUGUUGCAUUUUUGUUUGCAGUUGCUGGACAUGAGAUGUACUUUGCAAUGUGUUUGCUGAGAUUUUCUUUUUGUCCUUCUGGGGUUUGCCAUGCUGUCCAUUUUUUAUUUUUUUUGGAUAUUACGGAUAUAUUAAACUCUAUUAGAAAUUAUUUUUUCCUCCUUAUUGGGUGGAUAGAA